UCAAGGUCGCCUGUGAACAACCAGACUUGUUACUUUGGGCUUCGCUCUCGAGCGGGAAUCGGCCAGCCCGCCGAACGGCCGUUAUCUCCAAUCGCUCGGCGGUUGGUGGCCAGCAACACUGCCUUCCACAUCCUGCCUCGUCGGCCUUGGCUCACUCCGAUCUUGAAUCCAUCUCCGUCCUCAUAUUGUUGCUAUUCUCCCUCACCCAAAUCACUCGCGCGUAUCGCAUUCAUCACAAUGAUGUCCACCAACCUCCCUCCUCUUCCGACGGGCUCGCGCCCAACAACCGUCGGUAAAAAUGACACAGGCGUCUCUGUCGACGAUCCCAAGCUCCGUGAGCAGACCAUGAUACCCGGCCAAAAGAGUCUGGCCUAUAUCGCGAUUCUCGAAGAUGCCAUCGAGCAGCUCCGGAUCCUCAGCGACAUUGCGCCAGAUCCAGGCAAAAUCGACGGCAAGCCAAUCAGCGACGAAAUUACCAAGAUGCUCAAGGAGCAAAAGGUGCACGAGUGUCGCAUCAUCGAGAUGCUGGAUGAGCAGGAGCGCAUCAAGAACUUGCCGGACUUUAAAACCCGUCUCAAAGACAACCAAGCAGCCAUCGCCAACAUCCAGAAAGACCUUCAACAGUCCGUGCAAUCACUUUCAAAGUGUCUGCGCACCCACCCAAGCUACUCGCAGAAUCUCUUCAAAAUCCAGACGGAGCGCAACAGCCUCAUUGUCCUGCUCAUCAAAAUCGCACGCGAGCUGCGCGACUGUCGCUUCACCAGCCUAAUCGCCACCGUUGACGAGGAGCACAAGCGGAAGAAUGCUCUCGAAAACACGAUCAGCCGGGAGAGCGAGGCCUCCGAGUUGCUUAAAGAGCUCCAAAAAGAGCUUGCUAACGAGAAGAAGCUCCUCGAGGAGGAAACCAACGAACGAAACCAGGUCAUCCAGCAGCUCAAGGACACGAUCCAGGAGAUCAAUGCCUUGACCAACAGCGAGCAAAAGUACAUCAAGAAGGAGACCAAGGCCCGCGAGAGCAGCGUCAAGCAACGGUGCAUCGCCAAGGAAACGGCCCUCGUCGAAGAAAAGGCGCUGCUCACCAAGCAGAUCGACGAGGAGGUCAAGGCCAACAAGGCCAUCUGCGACUUUCUCUGCCGCCAGCGCGAAGUGCUUGAGAAGCAGAUCCAGGACUGGAUGCAGCAGUACGAGGAGGAUACCGAGGCCAAGACGAACGAGCUCGAGGCUCUCAAGCAGAAGCGGACUGCCGAUCUCGAUCGCUUCGAGGAGCUGGUCUCGGCCUAUGAAGAGUUGGAGCGUGUCGUCGAGGAGGACAAGCUGGCCAAGGAGAAGGAGGCUGAAGAGCUUCGCAUCAAGCAAAUCCGCGAAGCUGCCGUCAUGAGAAUCCAGUCGUGGUGGAGGAAGAUACUGGCCAAACGGGCGGCAGCAAAGCCGCAAAAGAAAGCCAAGGGUGGUGGUGGAAAAAAGGGUGCCUCUGGAGCAGCUACACCAGGCAAGGCAUCCAAGCCAGCGACCAAGGGCAAGAGCAAAUGAUCGCGUUUCUGGAUGUGUGCUUUGGCCGAGCCGAUUGUUCGUGUCCCGCCAUGCGCUAUAUCUACCGAAGC